AUGUCAACCUCUAGAGAGCAAAGUCGUGACCUGGAAAAAAUAACCAAUGAGAAUAACUUUCAGGUUUCUUUUUGUAAGCGCCGCCAAGCGCUCUUCAAGAAAGCUAGCAAGCUCUGCACCCUCUAUGGUGUAGAGAUGGCUAUCAUUGUCUUGUGUCCCAGCCAAAAUUUCUUCUCAUUCGGUCAUCCUAGCGUUGAGGAUGUUAUUGAGCGGUACCUACCGCAAGACCUUCCUCAAGCUGCUCAAACCAUGUUGUGCAUUGAAGCUCCGCGCAACGUCAACGUGGGGGAACUUAACGCACAACUGUCUCGGGUCAACAACAAGUUUGACUCCGAGAUGAAGAAAAACGAGGAGCUUAAUCGCCUCCAUAAGGUUGCACUAACUCAGAUCUCGGGUGCAGGUCAGAUUGAAGACAUGGAUAUGCCUCAACUUGAACAUUUUAAGGCGGCCCUAGAAGAACUCCAGAGGAAGACCAGAUUCUAUUAUGAUGGAAUCGUAGAUGAGGGUGCUGUUACUGGAGCAUGA